AGCGCCGGUAUCGGUCGUGUUUGCGGUUUGGUUCGAGCGUCGCGACGAGACGCGUCUCUCCGAAUUUUUAUGAUUCAUUCUGACAGUGUCUAAACAAGACAAAUCUACGAAAAUGCAAGACCAAGUUGACGGAAUGGAACUGGAAACACUCUACCAAAGAUAUUGUAUCCGUCUCAAACACGCCCUCUUCUUGUCGUGCUUGACGGUGGCAGUCGUCACCAGCGCGGGGCUGCUCAUUACCACAUGUGUUCUCCAGGACUUGGAGAGCAGCCUACUGCCCAUCGUCACCAUGUCAGUCCUCACAUUCUGCCUUUUCUGCAUCUUAUUUGCAUCUCAAUUCCCGUUUAUCCUUGAAUCAGAAACCUGGGCUCUGGUGUCAUCACUCUUUAUCACAACCAUCGUCACAACCUCCAUGCUCCUGCUGGGUCAAAGACACGCACCCCUCCCUCUUUCCGCCCUUUUGCUAGCCAUCCACACCAUGCUUCCCCUAUCUAGGGCAGUGGCCCUCGCCCUUGCCUCGAUCGUCACCCUAGCCUACAUGGCCUUGUCGAUCAUUGAUAGAGUGAAUGACGACAAACAUCCUUAUUACCUCCAGUUGAUUCCCGAAGGUGUGCUGCUGGUGGCAGCGAGCUGCACCGGUCUCUACUACCGACACAUGACCGAGGGGGCCCACAGGAGGACUUUUGUCGGGACGAGGACGUGUAUCGAGUCCCGAGUGAAGCUGGAAUGCGAGAAGGAGCAGCAGGAGCAGCUUUUGUUGAGUGUUAUCCCAGCGUAUAUUGCGGCGGAGGUGAAGCGCAGCAUUAUGUUGAAGAUGGCAGACGCCUGCAAUGAGCACUCGAACCGAAGUUUCCACGAGAUGUACGUUCAGCGUCACAAUAAUGUAUCAAUCUUGUAUGCAGACAUCGUCAAUUUCACGCCAUUGUCCGAACAAUUAUCGGCUUCCGACCUCGUCAAGACCCUCAACGAACUAUUCGGCCGUUUCGACCAAAUAGCGCAGGACAACCAAUGCAUGAGGAUCAAGAUCCUUGGAGAUUGCUAUUAUUGUGUGUCAGGAUUGCCGGUGUCGCGUCCCAACCACGCCUACAAUUGUGUCAACAUGGGCUUGCAAAUGAUCGAAGCCAUCCGAUUUGUUCGUGAAGCCACUGGAUUCAACGUGGAUAUGAGGAUCGGCAUUCACACCGGAAAUGUGCUUUGUGGUGUUUUGGGAUUACGAAAAUGGCAAUUUGACGUUUGGAGCGACGAUGUUACGCUUGCCAAUCACAUGGAAUCCGGGGGUAUAGCUGGGAGGGUUCACAUAACACGAGCCACCUUACACCAGCUUGGGGAUAGAUUCGAAGUGGAGCCGGGAGAUGGUAUGAAUCGGGAGUCUUACCUCGCUGAUCAUAAAAUUGAAACUUUCCUCAUUGUUCCUCCGAAGAAACCUGAAACUGAAACGCAAAACGGAAAUGUCAGAACUCCUUUGGCGACAAUCGCUGAAAGACACAACAGCAUAGGCACAGAGGGUGGAAUCUACGGAAUGGCAACUCCAAGCGGACCACCGACGAGGUCCAGACCGUCCAGCAAAAUGACGAAGUAUGUGGAAUGCUGGGGGGCUGAUAAGCCGUUUGCCAACAUUGCCGAAUCCACGCUUGCCAAAAACAUCGAGUUAACGUCCGGGUCGUACCUUCAGACUUUGGCCAUGAUCGAGUCUAAUCUCUUGCCGGACCGUAGCACCUGCCUGGAAUGCAAGAAAUGCUGGCACAGCGAAGAUCUUCAUCCAACCCUCCUAUGGUUCCGCAACCGAAAACAAGAGAGCGAAUACCGGAGUCAGCCAGAUCCCGAGUUCCGCUGCUACAUUGCUUUCGCGACUUCCAUUUUCUUAGCGAUGUGCAUUAUGCAGAUUACCACCAUACCCAGGACUAUAGUUUUGUACGGCACACUCAGCCCUACGAUGGUGGUUUUAACCGUUUUUGUGUAUUUAUGUUGGUUGGACGGCUGUUGCGGCCCUCGGCCGCCCUCAGACACCCCCACUGACGAACCGGGGGCUUGCUCACCACCUGGUGAAGUUGUGACUGGGAGCAGGUGUCUUCGUCUCGCCAUUUUCCUGGUGUCGGUGACGCUGAUUUCGGCCUGCACUGUUGUCACGCUGGUGGAUUAUGACCCAGAGCCGUUAACAGCCACAAUGAGAGAAGUACAUGUAGAGAAAAAUGGAUCUGUCAUAGACAACCGAACAUUGAGUACUUUGAUAAAUGAAUUCAAUGCGGAGAUUUACUCGAUAGGACCGACUUAUUUAUACAGCUCGGCAUUGGCACUAGCUGCAAUUUCGGUGUUCUUAAGGAUGGGAUUUAUUCUGAAGUUGGGACUCAUGGUCUCAUCUGUGAUAAUACAUAUCUUCAUUUACAGCUAUUUGGACUUCUUUAGGGAUUAUCAUAAUGAUAAAUUUUUUGCAAUACCAUUCGAAGUAAAAUCCGCCCUGGUCCUUACGAUUAUCGUGAUAUUCUUCCACAUUCUGGACCGACAAAUUGAGUUUACUUCAAGGACCGAUUAUUUAUGGAAAGCCAAACUAAAAGUAGAGCAAGAAGAAGUAGAAACUAUGCGAGGAAUUAAUAAGAUUCUCUUGGAAAACAUCUUACCCGCCCAUGUGGCCGAACACUUUUUAGCCUCUAGAGACACACAAGAACUGUACCACGAGAGGUACUCAUGUAUAGCCGUAAUGUUCGCGUCAAUACCAAAUUACAAAGAAUUUUACGACGAGAGUGACGUCAAUAAACAAGGAUUGGAAUGUCUCCGGUUGCUCAACGAGAUCAUUUGUGAAUUUGACAAACUGUUGCUCAAACCAAAGUUUAGUUGCAUAGAGAAGAUAAAGACUAUUGGCAGUACAUAUAUGUUGGCUUCCGGUCUCCGACCUGGAGCAGAAGAAAACAGCACGGAAGUCCUCAAGGAGGCAAGUCGGAAGGAAGAGCACAUUAUUAUCGCUCUAGUGGAUUUUGCUGUGUCGUUGAUGACAAGCCUUGAUCAAAUUAACCGAGACGCUUUUCAAAGAUUCAAGCUUAGAGUUGGUCUGAAUCACGGCCCUGUGAUUGCAGGGGUUGUAGGCGCCCAGAAACCCCAAUACGAUAUUUGGGGUAAUACAGUCAACGUCGCCUCUCGAAUGGACUCCUGUGGCAUUAUGGGGAAAAUUCAGGUGACUGAAGAAACGGCCAAAAUUUUAUUGAAUGCGGGAUACCAAUGCGAAUGCAGAGGAGUAACUUACGUCAAAGGAAAAGGCAAUUUAACGACUUAUUUUGUCAAAACUCCCUUUGAUGACAAGUGAUCAGUUGUGAUCCAAUCACCAAUUCCACGUAAUUAUGAGACUGAGGAUGUUUUGGCGUGAUUAUGGGAACUCUCAAUUUAAAUACUCACGAUCCUGUAAUCACAAGUAACGGCACUACACUUGAUAUUUAAUUUAUACUUAAUGAUGAACGUAUUGUGUUGUAGUGGAGCGGUGUUGUUAGCCGCUUCGGUUUCGGAAAUUUUUUAUGUACCUGACUGAAUAUAUUUAUAAUGUAAAUAAUAUUAAGUGUUGCUUUUAGGUAAAAAGGUUUAAAACACCAUUAGAUGGUUAGUUAACUCGAUGGCUCCUAAACUUAAUCAAUUUUGGUAUUCUAAAUGUGAUUAGGUAAAUGUGUUUAGACCCUGUCGACAAUCCUCUUCCCAGUUUAUUUUUGUAAACAGUAUGACAUUUUUAAUGUAUAUUUGUAAUUUUGAUGUAAAAAUGUGUGUGUUUACGUUUAGAAUAAAUACUGUUUUACUUUAAAUAAAAAUAAGAUAAGUUUUAAAAUUUUUAUUAAA